CGCCGGGGGACAGCGGGACGCGCGGAGAUGACGCGAGCAGCACCGGAAGCCGCUCCCCAGUGAGGCUGCGGACCUAGAGCGGCGGCCGCAGGUCCAGGCGCCAUGGCUGCGGAGCGGACCCGGCCGCUGCGAGGCUCUGGCGGCCCGAGCGCGCCUACUCGGUGUGAGCCCGGCGCGAGGUCCCGGGCCCCGGGGCGCUCGCUCAGGUAAAUUUUUCCAUAACCUUAUGGAGAGAAAGGACUUUGAGACAUGGCUUGAUAACAUUUCUGUUACGUUUCUUUCUCUGACGGACUUGCAGAAAAAUGAAACUCUGGAUCACCUGAUUAGUCUGAGUGGGGCAGUCCAGCUCAGGCAUCUCUCCAAUAACCUGGAGACUCUCCUCAAGCGAGACUUCCUCAAACUCCUUCCCUUGGAGCUCAGUUUUUAUUUGUUAAAAUGGCUUGAUCCUCAGACUUUACUCACAUGCUGCCUCGUCUCUAAACAGUGGAAUAAGGUGAUAAGUGCCUGUACAGAGGUGUGGCAGACUGCUUGUAAAAAUUUGGGCUGGCAGAUAGAUGAUUCUGUUCAGGACGCUUUGCACUGGAAGAAGGUUUAUUUGAAGGCUAUUUUAAGAAUGAAGCAACUGGAGGACCAUGAAGCCUUUGAGACCUCAUCAUUAAUUGGACACAGUGCCAGAGUGUAUGCACUUUACUACAAAGAUGGACUUCUCUGUACAGGGUCAGAUGACUUGUCUGCAAAGCUGUGGGAUGUGAGCACAGGGCAGUGCGUUUAUGGCAUCCAGACCCACACUUGUGCAACGGUGAAGUUUGAUGAACAGAAGCUUGUGACAGGCUCCUUUGACAACACUGUGGCCUGCUGGGAAUGGAGUUCCGGAGCCAGGACCCAGCACUUCCGGGGGCACACGGGGGCGGUGUUUAGCGUGGACUACAAUGAUGAACUGGAUAUCUUGGUGAGUGGCUCUGCAGACUUCACUGUGAAAGUAUGGGCUUUAUCUGCUGGGACAUGCCUGAACACACUUACUGGGCACACGGAAUGGGUCACCAAGGUGGUUUUGCAGAAGUGCAAAGUCAAGUCUCUCUUGCACAGCCCUGGAGACUACAUUCUUUUAAGUGCAGACAAAUAUGAGAUCAAGAUUUGGCCAAUUGGGAGAGAAAUCAACUGCAAGUGCUUAAAGACAUUGUCUGUCUCUGAGGAUAGAAGUAUCUGCCUGCAGCCGAGACUUCAUUUUGAUGGCAAAUACAUUGUUUGUAGUUCAGCACUCGGUCUCUACCAAUGGGACUUUGCCAGUUAUGAUAUUCUCAGGGUCAUCAAGAUUCCUGAGAUAGCAAACUUGGCCUUGCUUGGCUUUGGAGAUGUCUUUGCCCUGCUGUUUGACAACCGCUACUUGUACAUCAUGGACUUGCGGACAGAGAGCCUGAUUAGCCGUUGGCCUUUGCCAGAGUACAGGAAAUCAAAGAGAGGUUCGAGCUUCCUGGCAGGCGAAGCAUCCUGGCUGAAUGGACUGGAUGGGCACAAUGACACAGGCUUGGUCUUUGCUACCAGCAUGCCUGACCACAGUAUUCACCUGGUGUUGUGGAAGGAGCACGGCUGAUGCCACAAACCACCACCACUGAUUGACUUUGGGUGCCGGGGCUGCAGGUUUUGAGUGCAACCUCUGUGGCAGCCGACUGCAUGAACCAAAGUUCUCACCUAAUGGUAUCAUCACGCAGUGCACAAUCAUUUAUCUAUGUUUGCCAGGGGCCAGGGCUCAGGGUGGGGGAGGGUUUGUUUUAUUGACAUACAGUGCAGCAUGCUAAUAGGGUACACCAUUGACUUCAUUUGUACUUAGUUAUGUUGGUCAGGAUAAGAGGAUGCUUUUUGGGUUCAUCUUUCUUGAGUGGAAUAUUGGUUUUAAGAAAGUGAAAUGGUUCAUUAAUUUGCUAAUUGGUUGCCUAUAAAAAUCACAUUCAGUCUGUUAUUAAAGCUUCUUACCAUAGCCUUUUUUUCUUUUGAAGUUGAAGCAAAGGUGCUAUGAUGCUGUUAUAGCAACUUCUCUCAUAUGGGGCUUAGCUUUUUAUAAGAGCCAGUGUUAAAAAGACCAAUGAGUCCUGUGACACAAAUUUUCCAUCAAAUACGAGUUCUACAGAAAGUCUGUCUUCCAGUGCAAAUCUAAUUCUAUAAAUUGAUUGUUCACAACUCAUUCUAAACCCUAGUUCUUGGCAGAGUCAAGGUUGGCCAUGGUUAACAUGUGAGGGAGCUCUGUAGUUUAUAUUCCCUGUGGAAAAAACUGGUCUCCUCCCACCUGCCUUGGUGAUAGCACAAGUGACAUGGAGUCACUGAAUGGUGACUGAGUGUUACAUAGGAGCUCUGCAGUGUCAGGCAACACUUCUCUGGUCUCUAGUUUCCUUGUCUGUGCAACCACGUGUUCAGCUAAGAUUCCUUCCAGUCCUGCAUCCACUGGAGUGUGCAGAAGUUGAUAUUGCAGUUUCAUCUGAUCUCUGAUUUAUUGUUCUCGUCAUGUUGGAGAUAAGUUAUUAAGGAAAUUGAUCAUAUGAAAAGGAUGAGUAAAAGGUGAAUGUAGAAAAUAUGAGUUUCCACUUAGAAAACUAAGUAAUUGGUGGAUUUGAUGAUGAUUGGAGUCUGGAUUCUGUAGGGAGGCAGUCUUCUAACUGGGAAGGAAAGAUGUCUGAAUCUGACUUGGUUUCUUCCUUUGCCUCUAACUGGAACUUUGGCCUCAGGCAGAUUAACUUUCCUUUCCACACCUUCAUCAUCUUUAAAGUAAAGCAAUUGUCCUAAAUUAAACAAAACCUGAGGGAGUCUCAAAUGCCUGAGGGAGUCGUAGGUAACAUAAGUGAAUAGAAUGUUCUAGGGAGGAUUGUGCAGAACUCUGGAGAGUACAUCUUAGGGCUCUUACUCAGCUCUUACUGUUUUGUCAUUAGCUGAAAUAAACUAAGUGUUGACAGGUCUGGGGUUUUUUGUUUGUAAGAACUAGAAAUCUAGAUUUCAAAUCUAGAAGUCCUCUGAUUUUUAAAAUAUUGGCAGCUGAUUGAAGAUAAUUUAAGAUAAGGUAUUCUAAACAAAACAUGUCUAUGAGCUGCCAGCGUGUGUUCUCCACCCUCUCUAAAGUUAGGUAAUUUUGUGGUUCAUCAGUGGAAAUGUUGUAACAUAAUUGUCAUAAGCAUUAGAGAGAAAGUAGAGGGAGCAGCAGUGGAAGUGUUUCCCUGUGUUACUAGGAGAGUGAGGGGGUGGUAUAUUUCUUUUGCAGACCUGACAGGAUGAUAGUUUGAAGAUGAACAUAAGAAUUGGAACCUCAUUUAAAGCCUCUGCCUAGCAAUAUGGCUUAUUCCUUCUUGCUACCUCCCACAUAGAGCAUAUCAUUUGCCAGCUGGAGAAAAGGGUUGCUGGCAGAUCUGAGAAUGCAAAUAUAUAGAUUGGGAACCCAUUUCUUCCCCAGUCUGCAUUAGCAUAGAUCAAGACAGUGGACUUCAGAAUGUUGUGUAGUUAGUAGAGACUCAUAGUUGAUUUCAAGGACUGGUUUAGUGUCAGUGACCAUGUUGAAACACCAAGGGGAUUAGGCAAAAGAGUAAUAUCCAUGUUUAAUCCAUGUCACAUUUGAGUUCUGUGUACAAACUCUGCUUUGUCCUAGAAAUGGAACCAGAAUUGUAGCUGGAAUCUUUUGCAGAAGCCCAUGGAGACUUUGGACAAUAAGGGUGAAUCACUUUUUCAUUUCCAACCAGCCUGAAUAAAUAAUUGAGAUUACUGGUCUAAUGACCAUCACUACCCUCCACCUCAUUUUCAGAUUCAUCCAAUAGCUUCAUUUGUGAGAAAAGUUUUAUUAAAAACGACUGGUGUGAAACUUCACUCUGUGUCCCUUUUCAGUCUUUAGUGGAAUGGAAGUUAUUGUCAAGGUGGCGCUGCUCAAUUUUGACAGCAGUAGUUGAAGUCCAACUUUGAUUCUUCCCCGCACAGGCCUUUCUUUCACUUGAGCAUUUUACUUAAUUGCUUUAUAGAUGCUGAAUCUAUGCAUAUGAUUGCCAGCUUUUGUAAAAAGUGAAUGGUAAGCUGGGCAUAGUGGUGGAUGCCAAUAAUCUCGGGGACCUGGGAAGCUGAGGUAGGAGGUUCACAAAUUUAAGGCCAACCUGGGCAACUUAGUGAGACCCUGUCUCAAAAAAAAAGAAAAAGAAAAUGGAAGGUAACUCAUCCUUUUUACAAAAUAAAGCAAGGCAUAGUCAGAGAAAGGAACAGGCAGGGAAUAACUAAAGCUAAGCUGUACUUCCUUAGUCUCCUUUCUUUUGUCUUUUGCGCAUAGUGACUUCCGCUUUUUUAGCCUAGAGGCAAGGAAAUGACCUUGGCCUCAUCUGUGAAUAUUUUAAUUUCUGAAAAAUUUUAAGUUAUAGCCCCAUCCUUUUUUUAUGAUGAUUGAAUUUCUUGGGUGACACUGGCAUGGCAGAAGCAAGGGGCAUCUCUUCUCUCAGGUUCAUAGAGGGUACAGCAACUUCAGUCUCCAAAGGAGGACAGAAUGCUGGAGAGCUGAGUGGGUGUGAGGUGGUUAGUAGACUUUGUUCCCACUUCACUGAAAGGUAGUUUCCUCUGACUCUAUUAUUUGAAGUGAUAAGUAUUGUAAAAUACGACCCUAACCUGACCCUUUAGACCUAUUAGAGAAAUAGGAAGAAAGACCCUCCAGUGGAAGGACUGGAGGUUGAGAAAGUUCCAAAGGAAGAUACAUGUAUUUGUAUAGGUUUUCAAAAAUGAGACAUGGGGAGCAUUACUAUUGAAAUCUGAGGACUGGACUUAAUUUUUCAUAGUUUGAAAAUUCUUCCAUUCUGGCAAUUGAAAUGAUUGGUAAAGUUUGAAGAUUAUAUUUUCAUUCUGGUAUUGCUAACAGGAGGUUGCUUACUAGUAUGCUUUUGUAAAAUAAGGAGGAAAGAAAAUACUUUUGGAAACAGUAUUAUUUUACACAUGAAGAAAUUAUAUCAUUUAGGUUAGGCAUUUUGACCUUACAGAAGCAGCUAAGGAUGGUGGAGCCUGGAUGGCCGGUAUUGCUUUAGGCCAAAGCCAGCUGACUCACUGAAGGUGUGAUUGUGUGUCCUGGUUCCUUGGAAGCCUGGGAUGAAUCUUCCCACCAUCACUCUUACAGUUUUCUGUGCCUCUUCCUCUAGGCCUUGGUGUAUGAGCCACUUGCCUUUUUCUGCAGGAAAGUGAGAGAAUCUGAUUGCUACUCACAGAUGCAAUCUUGGGUAGGGCACACUGAUCUCUUUGCCUUUAGGGACACAGAGUUGUAAGGGUAGGAGAGAAGCUCUUUAGGUCUGUCCCCUUGACACAGCUUCCCUACCUGUUUAUGCUGCUGCUUUCGCCAAAAUGAUUGGGACAACUGAGACACUGUUGAGAAUUACACAGUCACAGAGUAUCUGAUGAGAAGAAUACGUUAACCUUGAAAAAAUGCUUACUGGCCAUCUUUGGCAGUGUCUCUGAACAGAGGCUUCCUGUGCCUGUACUAGGAGAGUGUAAUCUUUCCAGAAUAAAUACUUUAGUGCAUUUCUGGAUAGUCUUUGCACCAUUCCUAUCAGCCUCACCAGGCUAAAUGAUCAUGCCCAGUGCAAAAAGGCGUUUUGCUGUCAAGUGGUUUCAGUGUGUUUCCAGUCUUCCCCAGAGCCAGUUCAGUUGCUUUGUUAGUAUUUCAGCCCUGGCCAGCAUAAACUUAAUUAUUGCAGCAUAUGGAUUCCAGCUACUUUUACUCAUGAAUAUGUCCAAAUAAAAAUCUUUUUUCAUAUUCAAACCCAGGAAAUAAUUCAGAAGACAAAUGUUUUGGUGUCCUUAUACUCACAUAGUGAACAGACAGAUGUAUUUCACUAAUUGAGAUGCAGUACUCUUAAUGAGAGUGCUCACAAUCCAACACUUAGAGCAACUUGCAUCUCACUAAUUUCUGAUGUAUGUUGUGAUCUAGAGGGAAUGAAGUGAAGUUUAUAUUUUAACUGUGUGGGGUGGGGGUAAGAAGAGGUUGCUUAAGCAAAUAGUGGAGUGAUUUGUGAAAUAAGAUGAGAAGUUAUUUUCAUGCAUCAUAGAAUCAUUCUUUUACCCAUGAGUGAUUGUGCUAACUAUAAAUCAUUUAUAUCUAUACGUGAAAGCAGAUUUCCUCAAUUAGGCAACAUUUGGUUAUCCAAGCCCAAGUUAUUGUUUGUACUUGAAAGUAAUAAAGCUGCAUUUCUUUACACA